AUGGGGAACGGAAUGGAGAGGGUACUUUAUGAUCAAUUGAGUUACCAAUACAGAGACAAGAGCAGAAAGGACCUUGCAUGGAAAAGGAUUAGCGAGGAAAUCGGACCCUCUGAAACAGCAACAACAGUGUCUCAGAACCAGCUUGGUGAGCUGUCUGCCUCUUCUUCUGGACCAUCUUCUGCUCCUGGACCAUCGUCUGCUCCUGGACCAUCCUCUGCUCCUGGACCAUCUUCUGCUCCUGGACCAUCGUCUGCUCCUGGACCAUCGUCUGCUCCUGGACCAUCGUCUGCUCCUGGACCAUUGUCUGCUCCUGGACCAUCCUCUGCUCCUGGACCAUCUUCUGCUCCUGGACCAUCCUCUGCUCCUGGACCAUCCUCUGCUCCUGGACCAUCUUCUGCUCCUGGACCAUCCUCUGCUCCUGGACCAUCUUCUGCUCCUGGACCAUCGUCUGCUCCUGGACCAUCGUCUGCUCCUGGACCAUCGUCUGCUCCUGGACCAUCCUCUGCUCCUGGACCAUCUUCUGCUCCUGGACCAUCCUCUGCUCCUGGACCAUCCUCUGCUCCUGGACCAUCUUCUGCUCCUGGACCAUCCUCUGCUCCUGGACCAUCUUCUGCUCCUGGACCAUCGUCUGCUCCUGGACCAUCGUCUGCUCCUGGACCAUCCUCUGCUCCUGCAUCAUCAGGUGUGUAUGGAAUCAGUGAAGUACUUUCUCCUCUUCUGUCUGUUGUUGUGCAGUGA